AAUGUCAUUAUUUCACUCGUAGUAAGUGACGCAUCGCAGAUUUAUUCAUCAGUAAAUUAUUUUCCUUAAUGUAUACAAACCCAGUAGUUUUUUUGAUUAAUUAUAAGUAUAUUAACUUAACUUGGGUUUGUUAAAGUUUUGCUUAAUAGAAGAUUUGAUUUUUGUUGCUGUGUAAAAUAUCAACCUAUUACAUUUAGUUUCGAUUUGACUUCUCAUAACCGGCUUACGGAUAAGAUGUGGAAAGCAGCGACAGAUGUGACUGCUCCAGCUCUAGCGGAGGCUGAUGAUUGGGAAACUGAUCCAGACUUCAUCAACGAUGUGACAGAACAGGAACAGAGAUGGGGUCCUGGGGGGCGACAUGUUGAGGCUAUUGAUAUGGACAAGCUUCGAGAGGAGGUAUUCGAAGCAGAUAAAAAAGCAAAGCAAAAGCAGUACGAGGAAGGUCCGAAACCAUCAUUUGGAUAUGGCGGUAAAUUUGGCGUACAAGAAGACAGGAUGGAUAAAUCAGCCGUCGGUCACGAUUACGUUGGUAAAACAGAAAAACACGUGUCGCAAAAGGAUUAUGCGCAAGGUUUCGGGGGUAAAUUCGGCGUGCAGACAGACAGAAUGGACGCCAGUGCCGUGGGUCACGAUUACGUAGGCAAAGUCGAGAAGCACGCCUCACAGUCUGACUAUGCUAAAGGAUUUGGAGGGAAAUACGGCGUUCAGACAGAUAGGGUUGAUAAAAGUGCAGCGGGCUGGGAACACCGCGAGCAAGUCGAGAAGCAUCCCUCACAGAAGGACUACUCGGUGGGCUUCGGAGGGAAGUUCGGUGUCCAGGCGGACCGGCAGGACGCCAGCGCGGCGGGCUGGGACCACCUGGAGCGGGCGCCGGCGCACCGCUCGCAGAAGGAUUACGCAGUGGGUUUCGGGGGUAAAUUUGGCGUACAGACGGACAGACAGGACGCGUGCGCGGUGGGCUGGGACCAUAAAGAAGCGACACCGGCGCAUGCCAGCCAAGUCGACCAUAAGAAGGGUUUCGGAGGCAAAUUCGGUGUUGAAACGGACAGAGUGGACAAAUGUGCUCAUAGAUUUGACGAAGUGGAAAAAGUUGGCACCAACUAUACCAAGCAACGACCAGAUAUUGGCGGAGCGAAACCCUCGUCUAUCAGGGCCAAGUUUGAGAAUAUGGCCAAGGAGAAAGAACAGGAGGCGCUACAAUCAGUGCAGCGGAUAAGGCAAGAAAGACAACAGUUAGACAAGAGUCUGUCAGAAAAGGAAAAAGAACGUCUCGCAAAAGAAAAAGCCGAACAGCCAAAAGAAUCGCAACAACAGACAAAUGCUCCAGCCCCAGCAACAAACGACACAAGCACAACGAACACAACAAACACGACAAACACAGCAAACAAGGCGGUCAAGACUGAAGUACAAGUGGAUAUCAUACCGUCCACACCAGAAGUAACAACUGAACCGGCUGAAGUCAAACAGACCAAUUUACCUGACGUCACAUUGGUUGGGGAACCUAAUGUUGAAAAUAAGGAAAAAGAGGAAGGCCGCCAGCCCACCAUCGUGGUGUCGCCGGUAGGCUGGGCGGGCGCGGAGGGCGAGGAGGGCGAGGACGCGGCGGACGACGAGGACGGCUACACGGCGCGCGCGCUCUACGACUACCAGGCCGCCGCGCCCGACGAGAUCUCCUUCGACCCCGACGACCUCAUCACCAACAUCGUCAUGAUCGACGAAGGCUGGUGGCAGGGCUUAUGCAAGGGCGCAUACGGAUUGUUUCCAGCGAAUUACGUACAACUACAGGACAAAUAACUUAGUCAUACACAUUCCAUACACACAUUCUUUUACACGUAUUUAUAGUAUAUCCUUACAUUUGUGUCUUAAUAAGAUAAUUAUUUUUUAAACAA